CACCUGUAGCUCCCCCAUGGUGAAGGUGUACAGCCGUAACCCAGGGGAAUAUGGGAAAGACAACACCCUGAUCUGUCACGUGAGUGGCUUCCACCCCCCUGACAUCAGCAUCCAGCUCCUGAAGAACGGCGUGGAGAUCCCCGACGCCAAGCAGACAGACCUGGCCUUCCAACAGGGAUGGCAGUUCCACCUCACCAAGAGUGUUGGAUUCACACCAGCCAGCGGAGAGGAGUACACCUGUAGAGUCCGUCACCUGAAGAAUCUGAAUACCUACAUCUGGGAAUCAGAUAUGUAAGGCUUCGGUGUUCAUCGCUGCAGAAGCGCCAAGAGGCGGGGGGA